AUGCCAGCGGAGCAUGCGAGUAAUCCGCAUGGAAGCAAGAGACUGAAGACGGACCUUGCAUGCGACACGUGCCGUCGUAGAAAACAAAGAUGCGAUGGGAAACGACCCUCCUGUGCGCAAUGUGAGCUUGCAGGUUUUAGCUGCAGCUACAGACCCACCCCCACAAGCUUUGAGACUGAUGCUUCUGUCCUCGCACGCCUUGCCCAAGCCGAAGUAAGAAUUGAGGUUCUCGAGCGUGAACUAUUAAGCCCACCUGAAGCGGGAACAGGGCCUGAUGUUCACAACUCACUCCUGCUCUCAACCGAUGACUCGAGGAUUCCAGAUCUGCACACAGCAGCAGGCCACAAAAUACUUCAGUACUGGCCAAGAUUGCGCGUCAAGUUGACUCUAGACCUUGAACUUUUUACUUUCUUGAAGGCCGCCGAUCAUGAGGACACGUUCCUCACAGGCCUUGUCCUUGGUGCCGAACAGGAGUUUCCACUUGUACCCGCCAUUCAGGCCCUCGAGAAUCUCUAUGAGAAUCAGUUUGAAUUACCGCUCUCGCUCGUCGAUUUGUUGAAGGUUUCUCCGUACUUCUCGAAGGAGCAUGUUUUGAAAUCUUUCUAUGAAGCGCGACAAGUGCAUCAGACGAUCCUCAAUCUCCGAGAGUGUUCUCUCGAGUCUCUCCUCGUGCAAACGAUCGCUGUGAGAAUCACAAGGACAGGCUCAGCCCAACUCGCUCAUCCGACUCUCGAGAUAUACUUUAAACUAGCUCUCGAAAGCUUCUGGAAACUUCAUUCCGAAAGUGACAAAUACGCCAUCCCGUUGACACUGUGUUUCGCGCAUAUUCUUCUGUAUUUCUUUGCUCGUCCGUUCAAUGCAUUGGGUAUCCUCCAAGCUUUGAAACCAGCGAUUGAUAGAUUUGAUAGGAGGAGAUCUGGUGAUGAAUUUCUUGAAGAGCAAAAGGAAGUUUACAAUCGGUUACAUUAUCUCCUAGAAAGCGAUAUUCUUACAGAACUUGAUGGCGUCCCAUCUGCAACAUCACUCCGGCCAAGUAGUAUUUCCCGGCCAACUCCAUCUGAAGUAUCAUCUACGAACAACUCAACACAUGAAUACCUCAUCCAGUCUCAACUUUUCCUCCGGAUUAUUCUCAACAAAGUCCUUGGUAGUCUAUACACUGCUAACGAAGCAUAUAUCACGCCUGAAGAAGCAGGCCCCGUCAUUUCGUCUCUUUCCAUCAAACUGGAUACCUGGUACCAAUCACUACCGCUGGAAAUGCAAUUCUCCCGAAACAUCUCAAGCUUUAAUCUUACCUCUCGAUCAAUGUCACUGAGAAUCAGAGAAUUGGCAUUGCGAUACUAUGCCUGCCAUUUCAUACUACACCGGGUUGUUUUGUACAGGGUCGUCUACGAAGAUAUGGAAGAAGCAGCCACACCUCGAAGCACACGAAAGGAGUUCGAACCUUGGGUCCUUGAAACCUGUCGCAGCUGUACAGAGAAUGCGGGCUUAAUUAUACUCGCUCAACAUGCACAGUACAAGUCAGCAGAUGAUGUGCCGUACCACAGCUGGUGCGAGCUGCAGCUGCUCGUGGGAGCAUAUGCGGUCCUACUGCAGGUGCAAUCGGUCCCUGCUCUAGCUCCCAUGUUUCGGGAUCUUGGAGAGAUUGAUAGUCUGCUCGAUGCUGCGGAGAUGGUGCUUCGGAGUGUGCCAUUCACGUCACUGAGCACCUGGAGGACUCUGGACGCCUUGACAAAUGUUAGGUAUAACUUGACACUUCAGACGCCACGCUGA